ACUCCGCGAAGGGAAUAAACCACCGCCACCACAUUCGACGCAGUGCUGACGCCGAGUCUGACACUCGGCAUUCGCGCACCGGUCGCAGUUGUUCUUCGUCGCUCAUCGUGUCAGUGUGACCAGAACCCUUCGGUGGGAAGCCAUGGAGUUUUUAUCGGCCGGCAGAUCGGCCACAUCCUUCCUGGUCGCCGCGCUUCUCGUCGCCUGCGCUUGCCAUGCUAACGCUGCAAGUGGACGCGUGCGACGCGCCUCGCCGUCCGAGGACUUCGACUGCCCGUUUCCCGACGGACUGUUCGCCGACCCGGAGACCUGCCGUCGCUUCUACAUCUGCUCGGGCGGCACUCCCUUCAGCCAGACGUGCCCGCCUUCGCUCUACUUCGACGACAUCAAGAAGUUCUGCACCUUCAAGAACAAGGAGCUCACCUGCGGACCCGUUGAAAGCACGACCACGGAGCGGCCCAAGCCGGAUCCGGACACGGCGCCCAAGUGCGACCCGACGUGCGUGCUGCCGGAGUGCUACUGCAGCCCGGACGGGACGCUCAUCCCGGGGGGACUGGAGCCCAAGGACGUGCCCCAGAUGGUGCUCAUGUCCUUCGACGGGGCCCUGAACAACAUGAACUUCCCCCACUACCGGGCCCUGCUGAACAAGGAGCACCGCAAGAACCCCAACGGCUGUCCCAUACGCGCCACCUUCUUCGUCUCGCACGAGUACACCAGCUACUUCUACGCGCAGAGGAUGUUCGCCGACGGGCACGAGAUCGGAUCGCUGAGCGUCACGCACCGUGGUCCAGAGAGCUGGUGGUCCAAGGCCAAGUACGAGAACUGGACCGAAGAGAUGGUGGGCAUGCGCGAGAUCUUGUCUCGGUUCGGAAACAUCUCCAAGGAGAAUGUGCUCGGCAUGCGCGCUCCCUACUUGAAGCCAGGUGGCAACGCCAUGCUCAACAUGAUCUACGACUUCGCCUUCGCCUACGACUCGUCGUUCGCCGCGCCGCCCAGCAAGACACCGCUCUGGCCGUACACGCUCGACCACCGCAUCCCGCACCAUUGCGUCAACAAGGGCUGCCCUACGCACUCGUACCCGGGAGUGUGGGAGGUGCCGCUGAAUACACUAUACAGCGAGGAUGGCACCGGCGGUCAGUGCGUGCUCGCCGACCAGUGCGUCUUCCCCGACGACGAAGACACCGUGUUCGAGUUCCUGCUCGAAAACUUCCUGCGCCACUACCGCACCAACCGGGCACCACUGGGACUGUACUUUCACGUCAACUGGUUCACCGACAAGGUCAAGACAAAGGCGCUGCACCGAUUUGUAGACCACAUACUUAACAACUACGAUAACGCCUGGUUCGUCACCAUGCAACAGGCGCUGCUGUGGAUGCGCUCGCCAAGACGCGUUGCCGAGUUGCGCGAUUUCGAGGCGUGGGCUUGCCCCAAGCGCGAGCCUGCCUGCAACCUGCCCACCACGUGCGCACUUCCUUUUUCGGACGAGCACUCGUACGGUGACCUGCGCUACAUGGAGACGUGCACUGCGUGCCCAGCGCGUUACCCGUGGAUCGGCAACUACGGUGGCCAACAGGUCGGCAAGAUGAUCAUGGACCAAGUGGCCGAACAGAACCAGCAGUCGGGUGCUGUCGAAGGCUCCGGCAGCGAUGAAGACUACAACGUCACCAGCGCUGCAGUCUAGUGGCCUCGUCUCAUGCGCGCCACUCCCGAGGUCGUGGGUGAUGAGGCACUGAACUCGAGGCAGGCUAGAUUUUUCUCUCACCGAGAACCAGAGGGACAAAAACUAGCAAAUGAUUCGACAAUUCCCCUCACAAAUUGGGACAGCCGUGUGUUGUUGACUAUGCAUCCUAAAUGUCAGAGGAACUGGGCAUUACAAUUUUAUUAGACCUAACCAAAAUGUCAAAGCAGCCUCACCCCCUUGCUUUAGAGUGCCAAUUUGAGAACUCCCCCUCCUUCAUGAAAACACACACACAGGCACGCACGCACGCACACACACACACACACACACACACACACAUUUUUUUAUCGCUAACAAUGACACCCAGGCAGACAUCGUCAAAGCCAAAGUACGCCUUGACCGAACAUGCACGGCGAUGGCAGAUGCCGGGUUAUACAUCAACAGAAAGCUAAGUGCAAUGCAAGGGUAACCCUAUAAACCGAUUGAGAACAAAUUUCUUUUCAGAAAAACAAUUACCAUCACAUCGCUGCCUGACAAAUGGUGGCUUGUAUUCUGAUAAUGCCAGCCUGUCUGUCGCACUGAAAAGGAGAAAUGACAGAACCAUUGCGAGCACGUGAGAAACCGAGCAUCGACAAUACGCUGUGUGUCGGGCUACAUACGAUCAAACUUGAGCGAGGCAUGUGCUUCGUAUUUUUAGAUAUGAGUAGAAGCGUGUGCGAUGUACUAUAAACAAACACGAUUGCGACUCCCAGCAAGCACUCUCCACCGCAUUCCAUAGACACGCGCAAGUAAAGAGCAGGUAAGCCUUAGUAUUCGUGGCGAUGCCAGACAGAAUCAGACAAUACACUUCAUUAUGGCAAAAAGAAUGCUAGCUGAUAAAGUAGCAGUAAGCACGCGUAAACUUAGCAUAACUUAAAUUAGUCGCCAAUGUGUGAACUCCUUCACUAAGCGACAGUCAAUCUCCGAAACUUUGGUCCCACUGCGUUAGCCCGCAUGGCACUAACACUCACUCGAACAAGUCAUGGACAAUUCAAACAACAAGAGUUACGUUCAUUACUGAAAAUUCGUUGUAGAAUGUCGAAGGCAUGAAUACCAUGACACCACACAAAGUAUUUCCCAUGCGGAACUUCUACCUAAAAGUGUAGAAGUCACAAGUUGAGCACACAAAUUUGUUAUAAUUCAGAAUUAUGUAUAUCGGCUUAGUAGUGCUUUGGUCUGGAGAAGUUGGUGCGCAUUUGCAAAAUAAAUCAGCACGAAUAACAGGACGCAAAGCCCAGUACAACAGUACCAAAAAGUGAAAAAAAAAAGCUGUCUUCCAUCUCGUGCUGAUUUAUUUCGCCAUAUAUACAUUGUGCCGUUCGUGCCACAUACAACUGCCUAGAAGCAGCCAUAUCCCGCGUUCAAUGCGUUCUUUCGAGAGUCUGUCCCGUAGCCGCAUCAUAAUUUUUGUUGGCAGUGGUGCAGGUUAGACCGUGAGUGUGAUGGCUUUGCCAUUACUUUGCCCAGAUACGUGACUAAGGAAUGCGCCGUGUCUUGUUUCCCUCCCUGCGACCGCAGUCUGUUGUUAUUCAUGUAUUUUGUUUCGUAGAACCAUAAUCAUAAUUUAUCCUGUUAGAGAAUGUGUGCACAUUUUGCUCAUGUCCACGUGCAUAGUUGUCUUUUUUUUUCAUUAUGCUCACUAUCCAUUGAAGCAUUACUUUUAUGUGUGCGUUUGUGAUGUGUAAAACUGUGUCAUGCUGACGCGUUACUGUUAGACUCGAGUUGUUCAUAAAACUUUAAAGAAACUAACCCAAUCCUUUUCUGCCACCGCUGAGCUAUACACCUCGCUUGACGGUGUUAGGUGUUCUUCACAGCGUCCCAUCUAAAGCUACCUCCAUUUAAACCUUUCUGAAUACCUAUCAGAACUUGCGAAAAUAAUAAAUUAGCAAUAAAGAGCAGCGCAAAAGUAAAGAAAAACGAAUUCGCAUAGGUUCACUCUCUCGCCGUGCUACUACUAUAGAUAAUUAUUUCCAUUCGUAAAGCUUUUUCUACCUUGUGCAGUUACGCCACGCUGUUUUCUUAUAGUCCACGCUUCUUCAAUGAAACAUCUGUUUCUCAGGUUUCUAGAUUACAACAUCCCUUGCAUAUAUACUUUUCCCAUAAAAUAGUAACAAUGUUAUUCCCAAAUGAUAAAUGAAACAUCGCCAUAACAAUUGCCUGUGGCGCAACGAGCUUCAUUUGUAUACAACGCUCUUGUCAUACCAAUAAAUGUUUUUGUAUUUACGUUUGAA